GAAAAAUGCCAGCUGCGGGACGAGAAGUGCAGGCCGUGCCACAUCCACAGGCACUGGGGGGAUGUGGCGAUUCUACACUGAGGACUCUCCAGGGCUCAAAGUUGGGCCUGUUCCAGUUUUGGUCAUGAGUCUUCUUUUUAUUGCUUCUGUGUUUAUGCUGCACAUCUGGGGUAAAUACACUCGUUCAUAGACUCAGCUGCCAACUUAAAGCAUACAUCUUGGACCAAAAAUAUGGUGGAUCCUGGUUGUUGUUGGAGAAGGACUGGGGAAGCUUCCUAUCACCUGUUGAAGUCCUGUCAACUUUGGCUCUAAUACUGAAUUAAUUUCUCAUUCGCUAUUUGGACAGGUUUAAAGUUUGUCAUGGGUCAUUUUAUAUUUGUAUCUGUACGCUUAGAAUACAGGAAUUGCAAUAAAAGUUGUGUAUGGAAAUGGAAA